UCCCAAGCACGGGCCCCCCUGUGGUGGGCACGGGCGGCACUCUUCAGGGGCCCGGUGCUACUUAGCCAAGCACUCGGGCAGCUCUGCUUUCACCAGCUGAGCGCUCCAAGGACAGGCUGGCCACUGGCAGACGCCUCCAGGGCCAGAGGCAAAUAAGCACCCACGACCAAAAUAGCUGUCAGAUGACCAGAGGGCCCGCUCGCCACCUUUGGCCCAAAGGCGAGCUGCUCACAGCAGCCGCAGCUAAAAAUAAACGAGAAGGGCACCCAUCUUUGGGAGAAUCGCAACGGGAGAGCACCGUCCUGCCUUCGGGCCGCCACAGGCAGGCACAAUGAGGUCGCUACGCUUCAUUUCUGCUGAGGCCCUGGUGUCUCACCCCCAGGUGGCCAAGCAGAGCCUGGAUGGUGUGGCCCACAAUCUCUACCCACUCCUGUUCAAAGCCAGCUACUUGCUGGAGCAGGCAGAGGUGAUCCGCACCCUGCUGGAGCGCUGGCCGCUGGAGGAGUUCUGGCUGAGUGCGCUGCUCGGGCCGCGCUCGGAACCCCCGGAGGACUUGCGGGACCGCGCCUGCCGGGCCUGCCUGGAGGCCUGUGUGCAGGGCCUCGCGGACCACGUGCUCCGGGCCGGGGGCCCGAGGCGGCUGCGGGUGGCAGACCUCACAGGCAUCCGAGACGUGCAGGUGCAGCAGUGCCCCUGUGGCAGGGCGCUGGGCAGGUGGGGCCGCACGGAGCUGCUGGCCAGGACCUGCUGCCGGCUGCAGGCAGAGCCCCUGGUGGCCCAGCGCCCCAUCCAGGUCCUUGCUGACCUCUUUGUCACAGAGGGCAACUUCAAGGUGGUGGUGCAGGCCCUGGGGCCAUCAGGCCCUGCCCCACUGCGUGUGCACUGCCUUUCUUUCCGCGCUGACAGCCUGGGCCCCAGCCAGCUGCUGCACGUGCUGCGUCUGGCCGGGCCGGGUGAGCUGCGCAGGCUCGAGGUGGUGCACAACGUGCGGCUGCAUGCGGGACACGUGCAGCAGCUGCUGGCCCAGGUGGGCUUCCCCCAGCUGGCCUCGCUCACCCUGCCUGCCAAGGCCUUCGACGCACCCCCCACCAGCACCCCAACCCCCGACGGCGAGGACCCCCUCCUCACCUCCAUCGCCUGGGAGCUCAGCCAGAUGACCCAGCUCACAGAGCUGAGCGUGGCCUUCUCCACCCUGACAGGGAAGAUUCGGAAACUGCUUGGCCCCCUGAGGACACCGCUGAGGGUCCUGGACCUGGCCAACUGCUCCCUGAACCACGCGGACAUGGCCUUCUUGGCAGACUGUGCCCACAGCAUGUGUCUGGAGGUGCUGGACCUCAGUGGGCACAGCCUGUUCAGCCUGUUCCCCUCAACCUUCUUCAGGCUGCUGGGCCGGGCUGCCCAGACACUGAGGAUUCUCACCCUGGAGGAGUGCAGCAUCGAAGACAGCCACAUGAGCAUGCUGAUAUUGGCCCUGAGCCCUUGCCACGAGCUCUGUGAGCUUCGCUUCCUGGGGAACCCACUGUCGGCCCGGGCCCUGAGGCGCCUCUUCACAGCUCUCUGUGAGCUGCCGAAGCUUCGGUGCGUAGAGUUCCCAGUGCCCAAGGACUGCUACCCUGAGGGCACCGCCUACCCCCAGGAUGAGCUGGCCAUGUCCAAAUUUGACCAGCAGAAAUACAAUGUGAUUGCUGAGGACCUCCGGGCUGUGCUGCUUAGGGCUGGCCGGGGGGACAUCCAAGUCUGCACGCCCCUCUUUGGAAGUUUUGACCCAGAUAUCCAAGAAACAAGCAAUGAACUUGGAGCUUUCUUGCUGCAAGCUUUCAAAACUGCUCUAGAAAACUUUUCUAGAGCGUUGGAACAAAUGUAGUAGGCGCUUGAGCAGGCCAAAGGGGGCCUUGUAGUUCAGCUGCACGACACCCCGGGCAUCCUGAGUCAGCAGGCUUGGGCAUCUGCUCCCCCGGCCACCACCAUUUGAAGCAUCUCUUAGUGAAACUCGUGUGUGACAUCCAUUAAGCACUAGAGGAGUGGAAACUCUGGCUCCAGGAAAGGUGACUCAAGGCCACUUUGGUGUCAGAGCUCCAGGGGGACCCACGAGCUGUCCGCCACCGUGGUAGUGGUGAACAGCGGAGCAGUGCUGGGCAGGAUGGGAGCAAGGAGAGGGAGCCCAGACAUCAGGCCAGGGCCAGGAAGACACCAGAACCUGUCACAGAACAGGUUGUCUGUACCACGUCUGGGUGGUUUGAGUGAUUGAGUCCUGAUGCAUAAAUGCUUAAUUACAAUGUCGGGGCUAGGUUUCUGUUAAGAUCUGACUCAUACGAAGGGCUGAGUGUUAGGAUGAUUACAUACUAAUAAAACAGCAGUGUGACUUAU